CCCGCCCCCCGCGGGGCUCGCUAGUGCCGGCUGGGCAGAGCCCGCCGUGACCCUUUCUCCUGUUCGCGGAGAUUGCGCUUGUCACACGCGCUCACUGCAGGAGCCGGCGAGCGGCGGCGCACGGACGCGGGGGCUGCAGGGUCGUAGGAAGUAGAAGAGCCCUGAGCCUAUCUGGGAUCUGCAUCUCAGUUGCACACCUCAGUGAGACACUCUGGAGAUGGCGGAGAAGCUGGCCCCCGGAGACUUGUUUUUCAGGAAGGCCAGGGAGUCAGUGUCUUCCCUGGACUCGGACAAGCUGGCCCCGGCCUCCCCUGAAGGAGCUGGCGAGGAGUCCUCUGACAGUGAGGGCGAGCAGGAGGGCAGCUCUCACAAGCUCAUCAGGAAGGUGUCCACAUCGGGGCAGAUGAGGAGCAAGAAGAGUGUGAAGGAGGGGCUGUUACUGAAGCAGACAAGCUCCUUCCAGAGGUGGAAGAGGCGAUACUUUAAGCUGCGGGGCCGGACACUGUAUUACGCCAAGGACUCCAAGUCACUGAUCUUCGAUGAGGUGGACCUGUCCGAUGCCAGCGUGGCAGAGACCAGCACCAAGAACAUUAACAACAGCUUCACGGUGAUCACACCGUUCCGAAAACUCAUCCUGUGUGCUGAGAACCGGAAGGAGAUGGAAGACUGGAUCGGUGCCUUGAAAUCCGUCCAGAAGUGGGAAAUCAAUGAGGUAUGAGAGGCCCCGCACGCUGGUUGGGAG